GGCUGUCGGAGCUUUAGAAGAAAAGGAGGAAGAGGAGGAAGGGAAGCCAGUGCGGCGACAGCAGCUCACUCCGCUGACGGACCAGACAGCAACACCUCAACACAAAGCAGACACUUCUAACUACUCUAACCAACACCUAAAACUAUUUUCGCUUUGCUUCAAUAGGCGUCCCCCCUAUUUUUUUUUUUCUUUAUUUCCCUCCCCUCCCUCUUCUUUCUUUUCUGCGCACCGACAACUUUCGACGUGCCGAGCGGUUUGAAAUUGAUUUGCACAGCGGCGGAGCUGAGCCCCUGAACCCGGGAGAAUGGCAGACUCGGCGGCCAACAACAGCGACGGGGAGGACGGACCCAAAGAGCCCAUGCGGGGCUUCGCGCGCCAGGGUGCGCUCCGGCAGAAGAACGUGCACGAGGUGAAGGACCACAAAUUCAUCGCGCGCUUCUUCAAGCAGCCCACCUUCUGCAGCCACUGCACCGACUUUAUUUGGGGAUUUGGCAAGCAGGGAUUCCAGUGUCAAGUGUGUUGUUUCGUGGUUCACAAACGCUGCCAUGAGUUUGUCACGUUCUCCUGUCCGGGCGCGGACAAAGGACCUGCCUCAGAUGACCCGAGGGCAAAGCAUAAAUUUAAGAUCCACACCUACUCCAGCCCUACUUUCUGUGACCAUUGUGGCUCCCUACUCUACGGCCUCAUACACCAAGGAAUGAGAUGUGACCACUGUAUGAUGAACAUCCACAAGCGCUGCGUGCCCAAUGUGCCGAACCUGUGUGGGACGGACCACACUGAGAGGAGAGGACGCAUUGAGAUCAGCGCUGAGGUCAAGACUAAUGUUCUCACUGUCACCAUUAAACAGGCCAGGAAUCUGAUUCCUAUGGACCCCAAUGGUCUGUCAGACCCCUACGUGAAGCUGAAGUUGGUGCCAGAUCCACGCAGUGAAAGCAAACAGAAGACCAAGACUAUAAAGUGUUGCCUAAACCCCGUAUGGAAUGAGACCUUCAAAUUCCACCUGAAGGAGUACGACAAGGACCGCCGUCUGUCAGUGGAGGUGUGGGACUGGGAUCUGACCAGCCGCAACGACUUCAUGGGAGCACUGUCCUUCGGCAUCUCAGAGCUCCAGAAACUGGGAGUGGAUGGCUGGUUUAAGCUCCUUUCCCAGGAAGAAGGCGAGUACUUCAAUGUCCCCGUGGCUCCAGAGGGAGAGGAGGGCAACGAGGAGCUCCGGCAGAAAUUCGAGAGGGCUAAAAUUGGAGGAAGCAAGAACUUGGAGGGAAAGUCAGCCAAUUCAGCCUCCAGGUUCGACUCCAAUGGCAACCAAGAUCGCAUAAGGCUGUCCGACUUCAACUUCCUGAUGGUCCUGGGGAAGGGUAGCUUUGGCAAGGUGAUGCUGGCGGAGCGUAAAGGAACAGAGGAGCUGUACGCCAUAAAGAUCCUGAAGAAGGACGUUGUUAUCCAAGACGACGACGUUGAGUGCACCAUGGUGGAGAAGAGGGUGUUAGCUUUGAGCGGAAAGCCUCCGUUCCUAACGCAGCUGCACUCCACCUUCCAGACUAUGGACCGUUUAUAUUUUGUCAUGGAAUACAUAAAUGGCGGAGACCUUAUGUAUCAGAUACAGCAAGUUGGCAAGUUCAAAGAGCCCCACGCUGUGUUCUACGCUGCUGAGAUAGCCAUUGGUUUAUUUUUCCUGCAUCAAAAGGGCAUCAUCUACAGGGAUCUGAAGCUGGAUAACGUAAUGCUGGACUGUGAGGGCCACAUUAAGAUCGCAGACUUUGGUAUGUGUAAAGAAAACAUGCUUGACGGAAUCACCACCAAAACCUUCUGUGGAACACCAGACUACAUCGCUCCUGAGAUUAUUGCCUAUCAACCUUACGGAAAAUCUGUGGACUGGUGGGCCUUCGGAGUAUUGCUUUAUGAAAUGUUGGCUGACAGGUUGCCGCCAUUUGACGGCGAGGAUGAGGACGAGUUGUUUCAGUCCAUAAUGGAGCAUCACGUCUCCUACCCCAAGUCGAUGUCUAAGGAAGCCGUUGCCAUAUGUAAAGGAAGAAACCGACGGGACACCUGCAACUUCGACAAGGAGUUCACCAAGAUGGCCGUGGACCUCACGCCGACGGACAAGCUCGUCAUCAUGAACCUGGACCAGGACGAGUUCCUCGGCUUCUCCUUCACCAACCCUGAAUAUGUGGCUCCUCCCAAUUAAUGCAAUAUAAUGGACCUGAGCAUACAACACAGAGAGGUAGAAAAUAAGGUUCUAGAGUAAAAUU